AGCGUCCAGUGCGGAUAUUUUGUGAGUAAUUUGGCGAUCACUGAUGCUCGCAUAUAGUUAGUGAGAUGAGUGUGUGUGUAUGCUGGUGUGUGUGUGUGAACCAUGGGUGUGCUCUCUCUAUGACUACCAUCUGCACUCGGUGCAUACACACAUCAUGCAAAACUCUUAGCUGUUCGCUCUCGUUCCAUCUACCCACAUACUAUAUGCGUUAUAAUCAAUGGAUUCGCAUGGAUAUUAGCGCUACUUCACUAUCUCCCGUAGACAAACGCCCUUAUUCUGUAGGAGAGCUAAUCGCUACAUCCCACCGUCUCAUCACCGGAUUCACGGAUUAAUUUCGCAACUUGCAGGAAAUGAUGAGGAUUAUUUUGAUAUGGGAGGAAAGUGUUAGCUGUAGAUGCACUGCUUCACGGCGUAGUUAGCUGUAUCAUUUUUCUUGGUUUGGUUUUGUGGAGGACCGUGUAGCGAAACAUGGGGAAUGAGAUGAGCGAGGAAGGAGAGGGGAUGCCGCAACAUCCAACGCCGAUACCAUACCAGACUGGCAGACAGCUACAUGAUGGUGUGGAUAGUAUGAUGGGUAGGAGUUUAGAAGGUGCCAGAGGGGUUGGUAGAGGAGGUAGUAUUAGUCCUGGGACAGGUGGUGGCACUGGUGUUGGAAGAGGUGGUGCGGUUGGUGGUAGUGGUGGUGGCCGGAGUGGUAUGCGUGGGGGAGCUGGUAUCAGUGGUGGCCGAGGAAAUGGUAGAGGUGGCACAGGUGGUAGUAUGGAGACUCGGGGAGGACACGGAAGAGGUACAGGAAGAGGUGGAGGAAGGGGUGAAGCUGGACCAAUGGGUGGGCAAUCUGGGCGUCGGACCGGUCCAAUUGUCAGUGGAUCUGCAAGUGUUUCACCACCUCAUACCAGCGCAGCAAGUCCGGCGUUUAUAAUUCCAGGAAGGGGUAGAGGAAGGGGAGAUAAAGUAUCCACUCAGGGUCCUGACCGCGGAGGGGUUAACACAGGACCCAAACCAUCUAGUACUGCUCCUAGGACUAGUGACAGAUCCAGGGUUCAGAAUAAAGCAGCCCCUCCAAUGAACGACCAACCUCCUGAAGCAGAUCUAAGCCAUUUGACAGAGGAAGAACGAGCUCAUAUUCUGGCUGUUCUAAACAGGGCUAAGGGUCUACAGGAGAGAGAUGAAGAGAGAGUCAGGAAUCUUGAAGACGACUUUACCAAGUACACCAAAGACAUCAAGCGUCGAGCAUCGGACGCAUCCAGUGUCGGGGAAGGUCUACCCAAUAAUCUAUGUCCAGUCUGUAACAGGACUGAACUUGAUGAAUGUGCUAUACCCGGAUCUGCUCAGGAAGGGUUGGAGUGUACAGACUGCGAGAGACCAGUAUGUCUGCAGUGUGGUUUUUAUAUGCCAGCCUUAGCAUCACAGAGUCGUGAGAGACGAAAGAAACUGGAACGUGGUGCCUCUUUCUCAUCGAGUGACGGUGAAAGGGUUCGUCCGCCAUUGCAUCGCGGUCUUAGUGAGCAGUUAUCAGCUCCAAUAACUUCAUUACAGAACCAACCUCUUACUGAGGUCUCGUCUUCCAAUAGUAGCUUGGACCGAAGUCAACAACAGUCACCAGAUUCUAGCUCACGUAAGAAAUAUCCAUAUAGGGAUCUAUCAUUCCCAAUCAUCACAAAGCCAAAGAAACGGAACCCGGUCCUCACCUUCAUCAGCCGAAUCGUCACAUUCCUCCCCUAG